GGAGGGAUCUGGAGCGCGCUGUGUGUGGCGGCCUGGCGGUCGAGUGGGGUUCGGCUGCGGUUUCUGCCUCUCUUCCCGACGCCGCUGCUGCUGCUGCUGCCGCCGCCGCCGUUGCUGCCCGUUGACGCCUCCGGGAUGCUCAGUCGCUCACGCCCGCCUCAGCGCGCUUCUCCUCCUCCCACCACCCGCCGCCCGCGGCUGACCAGCUAACUGAAGAGCAAAUUGCCGAAUUCAAGGAGGCCUUCUCCCUCUUCGACAAGGAUGGGGACGGCACCAUCACCACGAAGGAGCUUGGCACUGUGAUGCGGUCUCUGGGGCAGAAUCCGACUGAGGCUGAGCUGCAGGACAUGAUCAAUGAGGUGGAUGCAGACGGAAAUGGUACCAUUGACUUUCCAGAGUUCUUGACCAUGAUGGCCAGGAAGAUGAAGGACACGGACAGUGAGGAGGAAAUCCGGGAGGCUUUCAGAGUGUUUGACAAGGAUGGGAACGGCUACAUUAGUGCAGCCGAGUUGCGCCAUGUGAUGACAAACUUGGGGGAGAAGCUGACGGAUGAGGAGGUGGAUGAAAUGAUACGGGAGGCGGAUAUUGACGGGGAUGGGCAGGUCAACUAUGAAGAGUUUGUGCAGAUGAUGACUGCAAAGUGAGCCCUGCAGAGCGGGCAGCUGGCAAUGCCCAUUCUCCUUCGAUACUUUUUCUCCACCACACUCUCUACUUAAGUAACCUGGUUCUCUACGCAAACAAUCGGCUGUGGAAUAAAUCUGACCAAGCAAUUAAAACGAAAAGAAAAGAACAAAUCUUCCCAAGCUGCAUGAUUGCACUCCUCCCUCCCUCCUCUUCUUGCUCUUCCUUCCUGUCUUCCUUCCUUCCCCCUUCCAGUGCAGCCCCUUAAGACCCUGGAGACACACACACACACCCCCCCCCCCCCCCCCCCCCCAGCCUUGUGGAUGUCUUUGUUUCCAUCGGGUCUUCUGUUCGGCAGUCUGGGCUGGCCCUUCUCCCAGGGCGCAGAUUCUUUCUCUUUCAUUUAAGAAUCCACACGAUGGGGUGGAGAAGAGCGCAAACCCUUCUUACUCGUGUUGCAUGUGUCUGGCACUGUGGUUGUGCAAAUUGGCCUGGUGGUCGCCAUCAAAGGUCUUGCCCCAAGGAACACCGAGGGGGGUAUGAGGAAGAAACUGGGGAGGGUCUUAUUUUUCUUGGGAGGGGGGGAACCAUCCCAAAACACUCAGAGUGUGCGGCUGAAGGUGGAUUUCAGAGUGCUCCAUCAGCAUGCCUUGGGGAAGAAGCUGGGAGGGGGGGAGUUGGCAACAUUUGAUUGGCUCUUUUAAAAAAAUCAAAGCCCCCCCCCUCCUCCAACAAACUAUCAGCAAUGUCAACUUUUGUCUCUGCUCUCAAACCCUGUAUAGAUUGUAAAUGUCCUUCCAGCUUCCUAAGCAUUUGUGUCUGGACAUGGGAGCUGCUAUGUAAAUACCUGAUGCUGCCAGCCCGCUCAGGGCGUCUGCGUGCAGAGGUGGCAGGUGCUUCUGGUUGGUGGCUGGGGGAGGGGAGGGGAGGGGGGGGGUUGAGGUGUUGGGCUAGAGCCGCAAUAAAACAGUGAAGCCCCUGCGGAGUGAACGCAGGCUGCGCCAGGACUCCCAUCCCCCCGCCCUCCUUCCUUGUGCGAUGCUUUUCUUUUUGUCGUGGCGCUCUCUCAAUUAACACUUGUCCCCGCUGCAGCUUGGCUUGGACCGUCUGUGCUCUAGAUGUCGCUUUUCCCUUUGCCUCCGCGCGCCUCCCCCUUUCCUUGCGGCAAACGGCAUGAGCUGCAAAUCAGCUUCUCUUUUUUCACGUUUAUUUUUUAAUCAACGAAAACGACAAAAAACAAGUUUUUGGAGGGGAAAACGGAAACCAGCAGUGGCAUUUCCCCGAAGCCGGGUGAAUGAAGAGUGCUUUGCGCGCAGUCCACGGACGGGUAGGACCACGCCUCCUCGAUUUUCCAGUCUGCGGCACCCUUGGUGUGAGCUGGAGGGGUCUUCUUGCCUGAGAACUUGGAAAGGGGGCGUGAGGGAAGGUCGGAACGAGGGUGUCCUUGAAAGCAGGUGGUGUUGUAUUCAGUUCAAGCUGUGAAAAUAAAAUUAUAUCAAUGUUUUCCAAUAAAAUGCAGUGACUACCUGA